CUAGGAGAUAGAAAGGUAAAAUAUAAGUGUGAAUUAUCAGAAUUUGAGACUGAUAAUAGCGAUACAUUGGAUUCAUAUUGUUCUGAUAUUUUAUCCGAUGUUAUUACAGAAACAGAAAUGGCUAGCAAAAAUCCUAUCCCCCUCAGGUAUAGCAUUCAUAACAAUCCGGAUGGAAAAAUUUUCACAGUUUGGCCAUACAAAGAAGAUAAGGUUUAUGUGAUCAAGUUUGCUAUUGGGUCUCUAUUGGUAAAUCUAGGUUACCAAGUUCUCUCCCUCAAUUUCGAACUCUAUAUGAAUGAUCCCGAGAAUAAAGAUCUUAUGAAGACGUCGGAUGAAGUUUCUAAAUAUUUCAAUAGAACCCCAGAUCCAAAUCAAAUUCACAUUCUCAUAAAGCCUGGGAAUUAG